UUGGCGAGCCAUGGCGGCCGUGCGGGGCCUGCGGAUCUCGGUGAAAGCUGAGGCAGCGGCGACAACGGCAGAACUCCGCGGCCCGGAGCCUGAGCCUAUGGAGGUGGAAGAAGGCGAGCUGGAGACCAUCCCCGUGAGGCGAUCGCUCCGAGAGCUCAUCCCGGUGAGGGACGGGCAGGGGGAGCGAAGGAGGGACCGGCACCUGAGGGGGGGCAGGGACACCAGUAGGAGAUACGAAAACAAAGCUGGAAGUUUCAUUACUGGAAUAGAUGUAACAUCCAAGGAAGCAAUUGAGAAAAAGGAACAAAGAGCAAAACGCUUCCAUUUUCGAGCUGAAGUGAAUCUUGCCCAAAGGAAUGUAGCUCUGGAUCGGGACAUGAUGAAGAAAGCAAUUCCUAAAGUGAGACUGGACACAAUUUACAUUUGUGGCGUGGAUGAAAUGAGUACACAGGACAUCUUUGCCUAUUUCAAAGAAUAUCCUCCUGCUCACAUCGAGUGGUUAGAUGAUACUUCAUGCAAUGUGGUCUGGCUUGAUGAAGUAACAGCAACACGGGCUCUAAUAAACAUGAGUUCCUUUCCUGAUCAAGAGAAAGCAAAAGGCAGAGAAAACAAUGAAGAGAAGACAGCUGAAAAAAGCAAGAAAGAAAAACAGGAGGAAAGUACUGAUGAUGAGACAGAAGAAGGCGAGGUUGAGGAUGAAAAUCCAAGUGACAUUGAGUUGGAUGCCCUCACCCAGGUAGAAGAGGAUUCUCUCCUGCGUAAUGAUCUUCGCCCUGCCAAUAAACUGGCUAAAGGAAACAAGCUAUUCAUGAGAUUUGCUACUAAAGAUGACAAAAAAGAACUGGGAGCUGCAAGGAGAAGCCAGUAUUACAUGAAGUAUGGCAAUCCCAAUUAUGGAGGCAUGAAGGGGAUUCUUAGUAAUUCUUGGAAACGGAGGUACCAUUCGCGUCGAAUCCAUCGGGAUGUGAUAAAGAAAAGGACCUUCAUUGGGGAUGAUGUUGGCCUGACUCCUCCUUACAAACAUCGGCAUUCGGGCUUGGUAAAUGUUCCUGAGGAGCCUAUUGAGGAGGAAGAGGAGGAGGAAGAAGUUCAGGAUAUGGAUGAAGAUGACAGAGUUGUUGUAGAGUACCGUGAUGAUUUACAGCCUUUCAAACAGUCCCGAGACCGCGGUACGGCGAGGCGAUCGAGUGCAAGUGCAUCUGAUUCUGAUGAAAUGGACUAUGAUCUGGAACUGAAAAUGAUAUCGACCCCCUCUCCCAAAAAGAGCAUGAAAAUGACAAUGUAUGCAGACGAAGUGGAAUCACAACUGAAAAAUAUUAGGAAUUCCAUGCGAGCAGAUAGCAUAGCAACCAGUAAUGUGAAAAACAGGAUUGGCAGUAAAGGAUUAUCAGACAAAGUUGUAGAUGUAAGACUACUGUUAGAAGAAAAACGUCAGAAUAACAACGGGCUGCGCCAGCCGAACAGCACUGUAAAAUCAGAUGUGCGGCAAAGACUGGGAAAAAGACCACACUCCCCAGAAGUUAAGCCUCCAAGCAGCAUCUCUGCUCCUCGUCGAGAACCAAUAUCAGACGUACACAGCCGGUUAGGAAUCCCAAAGCAGGAUGUAAAAGGCCUCUACUCUGAUACCAGGGAGAAGAAAUCAGGUAAUCUAUGGACCCGGUUAGGUUCUGCUCCGAAGACACAAGAAAAGACUUCAGAUAAACCUGAGAACUCCGUGGCAUCUCCAGAGGAAGAUGAUUCAGAGCUCCAGCGGGUUUGGGGUGCUCUCAUUAAGGAAAAAGAGGAGUCUCGGCAAAAAAAGAGUCGAUUGGAUAAUUUACCAUCUCUACAAAUUGAAAUCAGCCGAGAAAGCAGUUCUGGAUCAGAUACUGAAUCAUGAUUUUACACUUUGAUCCUCAAGAUCAUGACUCUGCAGUGUGGCAAGAUUUCCUUUGCCCAAAAGCUGAACACUGGCAAAGACUCUGCAGUGAAGGUUCCAGAAAUGUCUCAGUUCCUUUUAUACUAAAAUAGAGAUGCAUAUGCCACUUGAAACCUAAAGCAAUCAUGUUUGUCUGGAGUCUGUGGUUGGCCCUGUGUUAUGUAGGGCGUUGUCUUAUAUGUUAAUUACAGCAAACCUGUAGUUAAUUCUAGCCAAACACUUUUCCCUAACCUCUGAAUUUAAAAGAAGAGGGAAAAAUACUCUGUAUUUUUAAGAAGACCUUUUUGUUCUUAAUAUUUUUAACAUGGAGUCUUUUAACAAAAUGUUUUACACAGUUCAUCCAAAGAACAGGGCAUUUCACAGUCAGCACCAUUGCCUUGCCCUUCUGGCACUUACCAGCACCUUUCUUCUUAAAGUAAUAACAAUAAUGCUUCCUGGGUAAGCAGCCAGCAAGGAGAAAGCAUGAAGGGUCUGCCACGUUCCCUUCCUCCAAAAUAAUGAAUGUAAAUCCAACGUUGUAGUAUAGUGAGGUUUCAUGAGGUAUCCAUAUGGCAUCACUGCUCUCCAGGAAUUCAUGUAUUUGUUUUGGUGAUGCUGUGUUCUGCUCUAGCGGGGAUUGCAGUGUUUCAGACUGCAAAGUUGGUUGAGAGAAUUGUGCAAAUUCCUGAAGGUUUUUCUUAUCUUUUUUUUUUUUUUUUUCUAGUUACAUAUUGAGAAAUUACAUUUCUCUCAUUCAGCUGUAUUAUGUUUUGAAGAAAUCUAACAGUUUAAAUACUUACAUUUUUAUAUUUGUGGAAAUUUCCUGUUGGCCAUGGUGAAAAAAGCUAUAGUGAUGUUUUCCUAUGUGCUGUUUGACUAUACAUAUAUAUAACUGAAAGAGAAAAGGAAAACUAUAGGAUCACUGUCCCAUGUCAAUAUUUUUGAGUGUUCUUGUAUAGUACACGUGGAUGUGCACAUGGUUGACCUGUUACAUUCAGCUUUUUUUUUUUACCUGCGUAUCCUCUCUACAUAAAAGUUUGAUCAGAGUGCAGCUGCAAUUUUUUCUUCUUCUUGUUGCCUGUGGCAUAUAUUUUAAUUGCCAGUAAUUCUAAAUGAGAAUUAAUGAUAGCACGUCGUGUUUUGCUGAACAGAACAGGUGGCAAAAAACAUUGUCUGCUAUGUUUUUGACAGUCUGAGGAUGUUUGCUUUGUCUUUAGGACUCAUCCUGGAGAAGAAGAUGUUGGGGGGAGGGAUUUUAUCAACGUGUAUAUAAAUACCUGAAGGGAGGAUGCAAAGAAGAGAGCUGUGCUAUCUUCAGUGGCACCCAGCGUUAGGAUAAGAGGCAGAAGGCACAAACUGGAACACAGAAGAUUCUGUCUGAACUUCAGGAAGCACUUCUUUACACUGUGGAUGAUGGAGCACUGGCUGUGCAGAGAGCUUGUGGAGCUUUGAAAUCCUUGAAGGUGUCAGAAGCUGCCUGGAUACAACUCUGGAUGGCCCUGUUUGUGCAGGGGGUUGGCAGGUGACCUCCAGAUGUCCCUUCCGACCUCUCAACCAUUUUGUGAUUCUGUCCCUACUUCCCAGGUUCUGUCAGUCCAAAUUGAGAGUAUAUCUCUCUUCUCCUGUCUGCCUUUUUAGCAUUUUUUUUUCCUCUUCCUCUCUUUGUGUUUUUGUUUAUUUGUGGUUUUUGUUUGUUUGGUUGUCUACUAAGUUGGAGUAGGUUUGAAGUUUCACGGAAGUAAGGAGUCUGCAAUUAACUUUCUUACUGCUUUAAGCAGCAUGUAAAAUGAGAGUUGAAAUGAAAGGUACAGUGAUGAGAAAUGUAAGCCAGGGACUGCCUGGGCUUCACGUCUUCUUUCCUUGUUUUGUGACACCCUGCAGUUUAUAUUUAAUUAUUGAAUAUAUAAAUAUGACUCACAAAAAAAGUGCUGUUGAGAGUAAACAACUGCAAUGUCUGAUCACUGUAAGAAUUCAUUUCAGUGUGUGCUUUCAUUAAUAUCCCUUCCAAAGCUUUGAAGUAGAAUCACACCUUACCCAUUCCUCAAGACCCUGAUGAAAUUCAUUUAACCAGUCUCUUUUUGCCAGUAAACCUUCACGUUGUGUUACUGCUUUGAAUCCAUUCUGACUUUGCCUUUUUCUGAAAAGAGGAGGUAGGUAUCAACCACACGUCGUGUCUGUGAGCAUUGCUUUCUGUGUUACUGUGAAUUGAGGUCAGUGCCUGGCCGAGGGCUGCUCUUCACCUCCCUGAUAACCACUGUGCUUCCAGGUAAAUAUUCAUCACUUGAGCCUGGUGAAGGGUGGGCUGCUGGUGUGAAAGAUGGAAUGGGAAGAGAAAAUCUCUUCAGCUGAGAGCUGAUCUGAUGGGUGUAUGAAUGAGAAAAGUGUGGGCAGUGGCUGGCAUUUAAGGAGGAAGAGCCUUUAGCACUGCGUCUGUCUUCCAUGUAAUCAGAAAUGCACCUCUGUUUGGAAGGGAGGAUUGUGUGUUAAUGACAGCACAGGAUCCCAGCUGCCAGGAAAUACAAGUCUGCUGUUUUAGGGACGUACUGAGAACCUUUUUUCCCCCCUUUUUCAUUUUUUUCCUUUUUUUUUUUUUUCCUCCUUUUCUCCCUUUUCUCUUCAAUCAUCCUUUUUCUUUUUGCAAUAAGAGUGUUCGCCUGAUUUUCUUUCCUGAUUUUGUACGAAGAAGCCUCGGAAGGUACCUGCUGCUAUCAGGAAUGCUACUUUUGUUCUUCCUUAGUUACCCAGACGUGGAUUUCUGUGUUUUAAAUCGUCAGUGGGCACUUUAUCAUAACUAACAUAAAUCCAGAAGACUGAUAGAAGAGUUUCCUGCAAGUCCCUUCUUUCUCUUUGCGAUUCUGGAGCCGCACAGCCUCCAUCCCCCAGCAAUUAGCUGUAGCCCCCAUUUGAACCCUGCCACCCCUUCCUUCCUCGCUGCAGGAAAUGGACGCCUUGCUCCCCCCGCCUCGCCUGAGCAGUGGUACAGCCCACCCACAUCUCGCGAGAACAGCGGUGCGGCCUGCCCCCCCGCCGUAGGAUGGCACAUCCCGAGCCUUUAUAAGCGGGUGCAGCAGCUCUUCCCGCCCUUUCUCCUCGUGCGCCUGGUCGCGGUGCGGUGGCGUGUGGAAGGCGCUCGGCAGGGCUGAGAACCUGGGAUUUCCAGGUGAUGUGAUACAAUAACGAUUGGGAGCAGGCAUCUCUGGAGAUGGCCGUAAUGUGAAGCCCUUCACACGGCCCUGGGACAGAAGUGAGACUGGAAGAGCAAGAGUUUGAAGAGUUUGUUGUGGGUGUUGAUGCUGAAAGCACGUUUGUUUGAGGAAGAAGGAACCCAAUGGAACACGAGUGAGCUUGGCAGCUGAUCUUUGAAAACACCACCUGUUUUUCUGUGCAUGAACUUUGAAGAUAAAACAAUGUUCAGACUGUUUUGAUACACAUUAAAGUUGUAAAACAAAAACCAAA